AUAUUUUCUGCUUUAUUUUUGUUGCUCCUCAAAGUAAUUUUUUUUUUUUUGUUAGUCCCGUGUGGACCCAGAUAUCUUUUACUGUUCAAACUUUGGUAGCCUUGGAUCAAUUGGUGGUAAGCCUUAUGAUAAUUAUUUGAAGAUGCUUUGGGCUGCUUAUUACAAACUUCCACAGCCCCAAGACGCUGAACGACCCAGAAGCUAAACACCAGUAACUUUAUAGUUCUCCUUUUUCUUUUUCUUUUUCUUCUUGUUUGUUCUUCCCAACUCCCUCCUGAUAAAGAACCAGAUUCUCCGUAUGCAUUGAGCGCGUGCUCAAAGAUUGUGGCUUUUUGUGAAGGGGUUGAGCUCCGUGGUUGCUUGUGAAUAAGGGUUUGGAGGAAGAUGUGUUUAAUGGGAAUUCUUUGAUUCAGUUCUAUGCAGAAUGUGGGGACUUGGAUUAUGCCUGGAAGGUGUUUGAUGAAAUGCUUGAGAGGAAUACUGUGUUGGGGACUAGUCUGAUUUGCGGUUAUGGUUGGAGGGAUAUGACAAAGGAAGCUUUUUUCUUGUUUUUCGAGAUGGUGGCUGCCGGGAUUAAACCAAUUCGGUGACUAUGGUGUGUGUCAUUUCUGCAUACGCCAAGUUGAAGCAUGUAGCGUUGAGUGAGAGGCUUGUGCUUCCAUUGGGGGGUCUGGAUUGAAGAGUAAUAUGCUUAUGUUGAAUUCACUUGUUGAUAUGCAUAUGAAAAGUGGAGCUACUGAUGCUGCAAAGCGGUUUUUGAUGAAUGUGUGGAUAAAAACUCGGUUCUUUACAAUACAAUUUUGUCAAAUUCUGUGCGCCAGGGACUUGAUAGUGAAGCAGUUUUGGUCAUGGGUGAAAUGCUACAACAGGGCUUAAGACCCGACAAGGUUAUGUGCCAUAUCAGCUUUUGCCAACUAAGUGAUUCUCUCUCUGGAAAGUGUUCCCAUGGUUAUGUUCUAAGGAAUGGGCUAGAAGGUUGGGAUACGAUUUGCAAUGCCAUGAUUGACAUGUACAAGAAGUGCAGCCAACCAGAAAUGGCCUGCAUAAUUUUUGACAAUAUGUCGAAUAAGACUGUACUAUAACGGAACUCCUUGAUUUCUGGUUUCAUAAGAAGUGGUGAUGUGAAGUCAGUUUGGAAAAUGUUCAAUGAGAUGCGAAAAAGUGAUCUUGUCUCUUGGAACACUAUGAUUGGUGCUCUGGUCCAAGAGAGCAGGUUUUAGGAAGCAAUUGAACUUUUCUGGGUGAUGCAGACCGAGGGAAUAAAAGGAGAUACGGUGACCAUGGUGGAGGUUGCAUCUGCCUGCGGAUAUCUAGGAGCUAUUGAUCUUGCAAAGUGGACUCAUGCUUAUAUUGGAAAAGAUAAAAUUAACUGUGACAUGCGGCUCGGGACAUCUUUAGUUGACAUGUUUGCUAGAUGUGGCAACCCUCAAAGUGCAAUAAAGGUGUUCGAUAACAUGGCAAGAAGAGAUGUUUCUGCUUGGACAGCAGCCAUUGGAGCAAUGGCCAUGCAAGGAAAUGGGGAGCGAGCUCUAGAGCUUUUCGAUAACAUGCAUAAGCAAGGGGUGAAACCAGAUGAAGUAGUCUUUGUGGCAGUACUAACAGCAUGCAGCCAUGCUGGUCUUUUGGAACAAGGACGGAACAUUUUCACAUCAAUGCAAUCAGUCCAUGGCAUUUCCUCUCAUAUUGUUCAUUAAGGUUGCAUGGUUGAUUUACUUGGCCGAGCAGGGGGCUUGGAAGAAGCUGUUGAUCUGGUAAAGAGCAUGCCAAUGGAACCUAAUGAUGUCAUUUGGGGCACUCUCUUGGCUGCUUGUCAAACCCACAAAAACGUCAAAAUGGCAGCAUAUGCAGCUGAACAGGUAUCUAAAUUGACUACUCAGAGGGCUGGUAUUCAUGUGCUUGUCUCCAACAUAUAUGCAUCAGCUGGGAAAUGGGCAGAUAUUGCAAAAGUGAGGCUACAACUAAAAGAGGCAGGGAUGCAGAAGGUACCUGGAUGCAGUUCCGUUGAAGUUAAUGGAGUGAUUCAUGAGUUACCUUCGGUGGUGAUACUGAUACACACACAGAGAAGAGCCACAUUGCAUUGAUGGUGCAAGAAUUAAACAGCAGACUCAGAGAUGCUGGCCACAUUCCUGAUUUGGACAAUGUCCUGAUUGAUGUUGAUGAGGAGGAGAAAGAGUUCUUGCUCAGUUGACACAGUGAGAAAGUGGCCAAAGCUUUUGGGCUUAUAGGUACAGGGCAAGGAGUGCCAAUUCGUGUGGUGAAUAUCCGACAGGGAAGUUUGCCAAAUUAGUGUCAAGAAUAUCCGACAGGGAAGUUACUGUUCAAGAUAACAGCAGCUUCCAUUUCUUUAGUCAGGGGCUUUGCUCUUGCAGUGAUUACUGGUAAUAGAAUUAUGAUUGAAGAGAACUCUCCCCCAAUUAUUAUUCUUCUUUAGUCUGCACUCCCAUUAUUGAUUGCUUUUGAUCUGCACUGCCAUUAUCAGUGUUAAUUACACAAUCCAAGUAUGCCUCCAUUAUCAUUGAGCCAUACUUCAAGGGAAUAUGCAGAACCCAAUCUCUUCCAUUGCCAUUGUUCAAACUCAUUGACUACUUGGCUGAAUAAACAAGCGUUGACCAAUCAAGCCCUUGAGCCUGAAGCUGGAAUGAAGGUGGUUCACCUAGUAUGCCAAGAAGAUCGAUAUCACCAACCGUACCCCGUCCACUUAAGAGUUUCAACAAGAAUGCCAUGCAUUCAGAUGCAUUCUUUCAGAGACACAGAAGGUUGAAGCUGUGACUUGAAAAUAAUCUUUUGACUUCAUGCAGGUAUGUUAAUGUGAUCAUCUUCUAAUAAAUACAUGAAUCUUUUCCUUUUCCUUUUCCUUUUCCAAGUUUUUAAUUUUAAUUUUUAACUUAGAUGGUCCUGGUUUUGUGUCGUUAUGUUGCAGAAUAACAGUACGUAUCUUUGAUUAUUCAAUCAUUUUUCUACAUGUUUCUGGAACCCGUUUAGUAAAAUGAACAGAACAUUGAAAAAUGGUUCAUUCUUCAGCAAACUUAUUCUUCCUCUGUAAAUUUAGAAAGUAGUUGGAAGGAUUGGAGUACCCUCAAUUUAAAGAUCUAUAAACUGAGAUCUUGAGUAUCUCAGCUCUAGCAGCUACACCAUCAUCGUAUUUAUAUCGAGUAUCUAAAUGUUGCAUCCAAAUCCCUCCAGAAUUCCCAAACGUUUUCUACUGCAAUUGAAUCCCGACUGUUGUUUCACCCAUGUCUGCAUUGGGAGCAGAAAGGGGAAAGAUCUAUCUUGAUUUUUACUGCAUUAGUAGUGCUACCUUGUUACUCCCAUGACCAUAUAGAUCAUGUACAAUUAACUCUUGUAUAUUUUGAUGAGCAUUGAAUGAAGAAAAAUUCAAACUUUUAGCCUAGCAAGUUAACUUCAUAAUUGAACAUAUGGCUCUGUCUCUACACGAUAAGAACUACAUAGGUUAAUGAAAAUUGAUACAUACGAUGUAUACAGUAUAUGUAUACUUUGUUAGUUAAUAUAUGCACUAUUUUGAGACAGGUUAGCUAGUGGCUACACAUAAGGUAUUUACAUUGAUAUUAAUCCCCUAACUCUUGAUAUAAGGAAAAAGAGAAGAACAUGACAUUAAUCCCUAAAUUGUUAAUGAACAAAAUGGAUGUCUCUAUAUUUGUCUUUCUUUUUCGAAUAUGUUCCAAACUCUGUAUACAGUAUUCGCCAAAUCACUCUUUAGUUAAGUGAUUAAUACUAUCUUUCUAGAACAAGAGUCAAAUGAUGCUAAUUCUUGUUAAGAGGUAGAAAUCAGCAAUGAACUUUGGCCUCCUUUAGCAAUGUUGGCUGGCUUUCUGCUUCCCAUUCAGUGUGCAUUUGGCCAUUUGCUUUUGGUUUUUGAAUUCUAAAGUGUACUUCAAAAGGGCAAACUGCAUUUCUUUUCCAGUAAAGUGAUUAACGGGUUGGUUGCUGGAUAGUUUUCAGCCGCAGUGAUCAAGUGCCAUGUGCUGUGGAUUCCAUCUUAAUAGGCUGUUGCAGGACGGCUACAAAUAGCAUCAGAGUUAACUGAGUUCGAAAACGGAUCGCAGGCACCAAGAAACUAUCUUCUUGAGAGUUGAGAUCUUAGAUCUACAAUACAAAAGCACUCCAGGAAGGCAGAUCAAUAGGAAGCCAACAUUCAACAGAUGGGGCAAAGCAAAUCAAAGCAAAAUGUGGCUUCUACUGAUCACCGAAAUCAUUACACAAACAAGGUCUUCCUGAGUUUCCGAGGCGAGGAUACGCGCUAUGAUUUUACAGAUCAUUUGUACAACGCUUUGUGUCUGAGGGGAAUUAAGACCUUCAGAGAUGAUAAGCUUAGCAGAGGAGAAGACAUAUCACAAGAGCUCCUCAAAGCAAUUGAGGAGUCCAGAGUUUCAAUCGUCGUCUUCUCUCAAAAUUAUGCUUCCUCAAGGUGGUGCUUAGACGAACUGGUCAAGAUACUUGACUGCAGAAAAUCCAAAGGACAGAAGUUUAGAGCAGUUUUCUACAAGGUGGCUCCCUCAGAUGUAAGACACCAAACAGGUGCUUUCGGUGAUGCAUUUGCUACGCUUGAUCAAUGCAAAUACAAGGAUAGCAUCGGCAAAUGGAGGAAGGCUCUUGACGCAUGUGCUACGCUUAAUCAAUGCAAGUACAAGGAUAGCAUCGGCAAAUGGAGGAAGGCUCUUGAGGAAGCAGCAAAUUUGUCUGGAUGGACUUUCGAGGAGGGCCGGUACGAGACUGAAUUUAUCGAGGAAAUUGUUGAGGAUUUGUUCGCCCAAGUAAUAAACCCUUUAUGUGAGCUGCACGUUGCUGAUCAUCCAAUUGGCUUAGAGUCUUGUAGAGAAGAGGUCAACAAACUUUUAGAUGCCGAUGAGAAUAACAUGGUUGGCAUAUGGGGCCUGGUGGAAUAGGAAAGACUACAAUUGCGAAGGAUGUGUUUAAUUCAAUUAGCCAUAAGUUUGAAGGUAGUUGUUUCUUGGCGGAUGUUAGAUCAAAAGGCAUAACCCAACUGCAGGAGACACUUUUGUCUCAUAUAUUAAACUCAACUUUGAAGGUGCACAAUGUUGAUGAAGGACUAAGUUUUAUAAAGACGAGGAUGCAACAUAAAAAAGUUCUCUUAAUCCUUGAUGAUGUGAGUCAUUCUAGCCAAUUACAGAACUUAGUUCCAUCCCCGGAUUGUUUUAGUCCAGGCAGUAGAAUUCUCAUAACAACAAGAGAUAAACGUUGGCUAAUUGCUCAUCAAGUUAAUCAAGUAUAUGAGGUCAAGAUGUUAGAUGAUCAUCAUGCUUUGGAGUUGUUUAGCUUGCAUGCAUUCAAAAGAAUUGAACCUCCAAGCGAUUAUCUGAAACUUGCACAACAUGUUAUACGUUAUGCCCAAGGCCUUCCAUUAGCUUUGAUAGUCUUAGGCUCUCAUCUAUUUCGUAGAAGCAUAGAGGAGUGGAAAGCUAUAAUAGGUAGUUGUAAAGGAGGUCCUCAGGCAAAGAUACAAGACGUUCUCAAACUAAGUUAUGAUGCUCUAGAAGCAGAUUUAAAAGGACUAUUUCUUGACAUCGCUUGCUUCUUUAAAGGUAUGCAUGUAGCCCGUGUGAAACCAAUACUAGAAGCUUGCUACGACCACAAAACAAUGAUGAUUGGUAUUGCACAACUCCAAGAAAAUGCCUUAAUAAGAAUUGACAAUGAGAAUUACAGUGGUGGUUGGAUUUGGAUGCAUGACUUGAUAGAAGAAAUGGGUAAAGACAUAGUGCAUCAAGAGUCACCUGAUGAACCCGGGAAACGCAGCAGAGUGUGGAGUGAAGAAGAUGUCUACGACGUUCUAACAAAUAAUACAGGAACAAAUAAAGUCAUAGGCAUUCAGGUCCCGUGGGGAUCAUCUACGAUAUCUUUGAAUGUUAAAAGCUUCUCAAAGAUGAAGAAGCUGAGAUAUAUUUCUAUGAGCAAAAUAAUGAAAGAUGAAUCCUUUUCUGGAGAUAUUGAUUAUCUCUCCAACCAGUUGAGGUGGCUUGAUUGGCAAACAUGUUCGUUGCAAUGUUUUCCAUCUGAUUUUCAAGCAAACAAACUUGUGGGGCUCAAGAUUACUAAUAGCUGCAAAAUCACACGACUAUGGGAGGGAUGUAAGAAUUUUUCAAGGCUAACAUGUAUGAAUUUAAGUGGUUGUACAUCCCUAAAGGAACUCCCAGACUUCAAUGGAAUCCCUAACUUGAAAGAGUUGGAUCUAUCUAGGUGUACCAAUUUAGUUGAGGUUCCUCAUUCAAUUCAAUUCCUUCAUAACCUUGUUACCUUGAAAGUUCACAAUUGCUCUAACCUUACUAUGUUUCCAAGAAAAAUCGACUUGAAAUCUGUAGAAACAAUCUCUAUCAGCUAUUGCAAGCUUGAGGAAUUUUCAAUUGGGGAAGACAUGGGUUUCUUGAGAUUUUUGAAUCUAAGAGGCACUUGCAUUAAAGAAUUGCAUCCGUCCAUUACAGAACUUAUUAGUCUAGAAACGUUUUGCCUAGCGGACAAUCAAAAUCUAACAACCCUGCCGUAUCAUAUUUAUGAGUUGCACAAUCUAAAGAGUCUUGGUGCGAUGGGAUGCUCAAAACUAGCUGCAUUUCCCAAAAUUCCAAUAAAGAUUGAUUCUUUGAGACUACUCUCUCUUAAAGGCAGUGACAUAAGAGAAUUGGAUGAGUCAAUUGGAAAUCUCAUUGGGGUUGAAUAUUUGGAUCUUCCUGAAUGCAAAAAUCUCACAACUCUACCGUGCAGCAUUUAUGGGUUGCAAAAUUUAGGGUUCCUUGAUCUGGGUGGAUGCUCAAAACUGGUCAGAUUUCCAACAAAUCCCGAUGGUUGCUCACUAUCACUUCCCAAGCUACAGACGUUCAGUAUCGCAGGAUGCAGCAGUUUAUCAGAUUGUGAUUUCCUGAUGACUCUUGAUUGCUGGGAAACAUUAGAGUGGCUUAAUCUAUCAAGAAACAAUUUCGUUAGUCUUCCAGCUUGCAUCACCAGAUUUGUCAACUUGCACGGGCUUGACUUGAGGGAUUGCAAGAGACUCCGAGAAGUUCCAGAGCUUCCACCAAACGUUGUUGACCUAAGGAUAAGUGGUUGUGAAUUACUGGAGGAGAGAUUCUCGACAUUGACAAAUCAUGGAGCUGGGACAAAUUGCCGCCGUCAAUUCAAGAGCCAACUCCGUCGUCAUGGCUUGCUUUGUCUUCCGAAACUCCGAAACGACACCGCACCGUGGAAGAACCAUCACUGGCUGAGUUGUUUCGGCUUUCUCUCUCUACGGAACCAACGGACUGCCAUCACUCAACUAGUCCGCAGCUUCAACUCCAAGUUGGUUCCUCGAGUUGUUAAGGCUUUCUCUGUCUUCAGAACCAACCAAACCUCGUGGCGCAGUUAAAGGUGAUCAAGACCAGUGGCUCUCUUUGAACUCUGAAGCAUCCACUUCAGAGUUUAGACAAUAAUAUCAUUUAGUUGAGACACAGAGGUUUGAAAUCCCACCUCCUAUUUAGAAAGAUUUCAACAUUUCUCAGGUUUGUUUUGAGGCUGUCUUCAUCUGCUAUUUACUCAUCAAUCUGUAAGUUCAUAUAUUCAUCUUUUUCUUUUAGCGCAGAUCUAUGUUGUUUGUUACUGCAUUAGAAUUGCAAAGUUUGUAACCAUGUGCAUCAUGUACAAUUAACUGUGGCCUAUUUUGAGGUGCAUUAAGGCCAAGUUUCACAUUUUCAGCCUGGAAAUUGUUAUUCCAGAAUUGCACAAAUGGCCCAGUCAAGUUACUCACUAUAAGCACUACAUGGUACAUUCAAAGUGAUGUAAGCAUUGCCGGUCAGAAAUAUGUAUAGUCCAUGCACUCUUUCUAGGCAGUAACUAGUGGUUACAGCACACAAAGCAUUGAAAUUGAUUUUACUACUCCGAAAUAGCUAAUACAAGGAAAGAGUGAAAAAAAUUAAAUUCAUCCUUAAACUAUGUGAUUAAAUCAUUCAGAAGAGAACAAAAUGGCUUUCCAUCUAUCUCUCUAUAUCUGUUUUUUUUUUUCCUUUCUUUUCUGGAAUAUGCAUGCUCCAAACCCUUGAUAUGAAUUACUCCCUGUAUCAGACUUUAAUUAUGUUAAUAAACUUACAAUCUCCUAGCUAGAACUUAGACAUUUAAGAAAUAAUGAACAAAACUUUGUGAAUCUUUAAGAAUGCAGUGAUGCUAGCACAUGAUAUGAUAAAAUGCAGAAGCAUAUUAUCAUAGAGAUUCUUUCAAGCCAACUUCUGGUUCCUUUUCUUUACUUUCAUUUUGUUACUAUGUUGCUAGGUGAUUGAUAUCAUGCAGUAUGUUUUGUUUAUUCCAUUUGCAGUGGCAACUACAGAUUUUGCACUUGGAAAGGUUAUAGACUUUGGCCAAGUUGGCUACAUGGUGAUUGCUGAUCUCCUGAAUUUGAGAUAACCGCAAAUGAGCUAGAGGCAAAGUUCUAGCCUGGCUUUGGCUAAGAGUCUUGCUUCAAGGUGAUGCGGCAGGUGUGUGCUGACCUUCUUGAGGAAAAUGGAAUUGGUUUUCAUUGUUUCUAAGGAUGGAAUUGAUACUGUGACAGUGGUAUGCUGAUACGAAUGCCGAGCAAUAAGUUACCAAAAGGCAGGCGAUUGGGGAUAGCGUGGUUUGCGAUGUGGGUGUUUGGUUGCCCCGGGAGUUUCAGCUGCAGCUAGAAGUUACCCCUAUAAUUAAGGGAAUAUUCGGGUUUUGAAUAUACACACUGCAUUGAGUUCAUUGUUUCAAGCUCAUACACAGAGGGUCACAGACAUGGCUUUCUUUGCCAAGGAUGUUCACCUUUUGGCUAGUAUGAGUGUAGAAGGACGGCUUUUUGUAUGCAAAAUUUCUGAAGGUCUAGAUGAAGAAGGUAUGCCACAAAUCACAGGAAAGAUUGUUAUGGCCAUUCAAAUAGUUGGUGAGGGGGAAGCUGUUCAUCCACGAGUUUGGCGGCACUGUCAUAAACAAGAGGUUUUGGUUGUUCGGGUUGGGAAACGUUUCUACAAAUUGUUACUACUAAAGUUGCAAUGGGUGAAGUCCCUUCUGCUCAGAUCCUAUUAAGUGUCCUGUUGAAAAACUUAUUGAUGGGGUCCAAUUUGUUAGUAAACAUGAUGGAGAGGUGACAGAUUUAUAAAUGUGCCAAUGGAUGACCACCCUGCUGGCAUGGUUUCUGCUUCUAUGGAUGGAACUAUAAAGAUCUGGGAAGAUCGCAAGUCACAACCACUUUUAGUACUGAGACCCUAUGAUGGCCCUCCUGUUCAAUCACCUACAUUUGUGACAGCUCCAAAGAGGCCUGAUCACAUCAUACAUAUAAAAGUGGGACCACCUAAUCAGGAAGAGAAGAUCUGGUCCUCAGAGAGUGAAGAAGGCUGGCUGCUUAACGAGCUGAGACAUGGAAAUGUACUCAGACCUUAAGAGUUAAUGAGAUCUGCUCAACCUCGAGUUGAGGAUUUUAAUCAAGUCAUAGCAUUGUCACAAGCUGGCCUUCUUUUACGUGCAAAUGCUAAGAAGAAUGCUAUAUAUGCCGUGCACUUAGACUUUGGUGGUGAGCCAGCAUCUACACGCAUGGAUUAUAUAGCAGAAUUUACUGUUGCAAUGCCUAUUUUGAGCUUCACUGGGACAAGUAUAUCACCUAAUGGUGAACAAAUUUAUUGCGUCCAAACACAAGGCCAUUCAACAGUAUGCUUUGGACUUAUCCAAGUGCUUGCCUCCCCCAUUGGAGAAUUCAGGUUUAGAAAAGUCAGAUUCCAGUGUCUCACAUGAUGCAACUGAGGCGGUGUCAACUAAUUCAGCACCGAAACCAACCAUACAAGCUACUAGUUCUGAGGGUGCAGUUGCCUUGAGGUAUCCUGUGCGCACUGGUUCGGUUGGUGCUGCCAAACAUAUAUUUACUUUCAUGUUAAUCUUCUAAGGAUUGUACUAUAUAAAUGGUAUACUCGACCAACUUUGCUAGUAGUGAAGAAUAUGCAUUCUUUGGUUCUGGUUGUAAGACAGACAUUGCUGUACUAUAUUGGAAUGUAUGAUGAGGCUGCUUCUUAGAAGCCAAUCUGUAGAAUUUGUAUUAAACUCGUAUAUUUCGUUGUUCACAUCUAGAAAUACAAGAAUAUUAUUAUC